AUGUCUUUAUCAGAACAACUUAUAGACCUUAGUGAUUCAGUUGAACCAACACAAACAAGCCCUGAAAAAGAAGAAAUAGUUGAUGAUACAAAACAAGCUUCUCCGAACGAAAAACAAGUGCAUCAUAGCUUAGAACAAGACAAGUCUAUUAGUCAACAUGAACAAACAUCACUCGAUAAUGAACAACAAGACGACAUUGAACUCACUCAAGACAGUAAAGAAGAUGAUAUUGAGAUAAACACAAACUUACAAGACACUUUGAAGAAACCAACCGAUGUUGAUGUUACUAAAGACAGCAAAGACUUUGGAGACCAUAACGAAGAUACACAAAAAGGGGCUGAUUCCACUAAACACGUCAAAGAAGACGAUUUUGGAUCAAGUAAAAACAGUAAAAAAGAUACAAAAGAUGACUUUGAAUUCACUGAUGUUGAAAUGACAAAAGGUAGCAAAGAUGACUUUGAGCUUCAUAAAGACGAUGUUGGAUGCAAUGAAAGUCAUAAAGAAAACGAUUUUGGACUCUCUAAAGACAGCAAGGAAGGAGACGAUGGAUUCAAUGAAAGCAACAAAGAAGACGAUAUUGAAAUAACAAAAAAUAGCAUACAAGAUGACUUUGAGUUUCAUGAAGGUAACAAGCAAGAUGACUUUGAAUUCAAUGAAGAUAACAAGCAAGAUGACUUUGAUUUCACUAAAGACAACACGCAAGACGAUGUUGAAAUUACAAAAGACAGCAAACAAGAUGACUUUGAGUUUAAUCAAGAUGGUUUUGAUGAUGAUGAUUUUGAUGAUUUUGAUCACCAUCAGGACAAUUUCGAUGAUUUCGAUAGCUUUGAUGCUACCAAUGAUGAUUUUGAUGACUUUGAUGCUACCAAUGAUGGUUUUGAUGAUUUUGAAGCAACACCUACAGAAGUUGACUUAUACGUAAACGUAAUCGAAAACAACCCUUCUGAACUGGGUCCAUUCAUCAAUACCUAUUUGGAUCGUAUGUGGGGAGACAAAGACAUCGAAAUGACACCUAUUGAAGACAACAAAGACAUUCUUGUGACACCCUGCAGUCAAGAUUUAUGGAGCAAAUUAUCUCGAGAUACCGUAUUCUAUAAUCCAGUGACAGGUGCCGUAGGUCAAUUUCAAUGGACUCGGUCAGAGACAAACAAAGCUUAUUUAAAUGCACUUGGUGUCACCUUGAAUUAUGAAGACAAAAAAGCGCCUCUGCAUGAUAAAAAGAAACUGCCCUCAUCAUCAUCAUCAUCAUCAUCACCAUCACAACAGAACACAGAUAUCAACCGUAUCUCAACACCCACUUCACCUGUCUCAAGACCAGCAUCCGCUUCUCCUGGAUUACGUGUCGUGACAGAAAAGAUGGACGAGACAACAAAAGAAGCCAAAAAAGAAGCAGAUCAAGACAUGGAACUGGAUAUCGAUAUUGCUAGAGCCUAUUGUGAAUUAACAGAAGAAACCAUUCGUGUCUUUCCUGAUGUUAAACUGAAUGCGAUGGUGAUGGAACUCAGUAGACUACAGAGACAAGCAGCCGAUUAUUUGGAUCAUUUACUAGAUCAACGAGAACAACUCAAGAUGGAUGCAGAGACAUACAACGAUCUAAUCAGUUGCAUUGUGGGACAUGCACAGCGCCUUCAUGUCAACAACAAAGAUGCGAGUCCAGCCAUGGUCUCGAAAAAGAAAAAGUCAAACAGUGGUACAUUCUCAAAUAUCAUGCGAAGAAAGACAACCACAACCCAACCCAACAGUAGUGUGUCGAUGGGAGGAGGUGUAGUGGGUGUCAAACAACCUGGUUCAGCACCUAAACAAAAGAUACCUGCCUCUGAAAGUAGACGAUCCAUGUAG